AUGUCGGCCAAAGACAUGGACACUAAGCUGACGGACAGCAAGACGUUGUCGACAAUUAUCUGGUCGUAUAUACUGUCACUCAAAGACCCGAAUCUGGUCUCAAAGUUUCAAAACUAUUUCGGUGUUCGAGUGGUUAGUAAUGAUAACUCAAACUCAAGACAAUUGACCGCAAACUCAACGAACCUCUUGAACGGUUCGACCACUGAUUUAAGUGAUACCGAAGACAAGACAUGUACACAAAGACAUCGCCGGGAGUUGAGCUCGAGUUCUGUGUACAGCACGUCUGCCACCGACAAUACCUCCGAAGAUGAGAGUUAUGGGAAGAGUAUGUCGUAUGUGAUCGACAAUAAGUUUUGGUACUAUUUGUUCAGUUUUGGUGCGAGUCUUGGAUACGAGACCUUUUACGCCAGUUUUUUCCCCAUUUGGUUCUGGAAUAUAGACAGCGCUGUGGGCCGGCGUCUGGUCCUCGUGUGGGUCAUCGUUAUGUACAUCGGACAGGCACUCAAGGAUGUCGUCAAAUGGCCCCGACCUCAGUCACCACCCGUCGUAGUACUGGAGCCCGAGUAUGCCGUCGAGUACGGCAUGCCUUCCACUCACGCUAUGGUUGGGUCCGCACUUCCCUUCUGUCUCAUCAUAUUUACGUUAAACAGAUAUGAAGUAGACGUCAAACACGACCGCAAUGACAUAAUAGCGGGUCUGCUAUUGACAGCACUUCUCAUGAUAAUAAUCAUUCCAUUGGUUGAUGCCAUCGAUCAGUUCCAUCUGACGAGUCCUUAUUCGCCAUUCAUUACAAUACCUCUGAUUGUAUUCUUAGCCACCAUUUACCCCAAGUCUGACAGAUGGUCUCCAGCCAGAGGGGACACAUGUAUUAUAAUGGGCGCCGGAUCUGGUAUUUUGUUGGGCUCGUGGCUUAACUUCCAAUUAGGCAUAUAUAAAGGCCCCGCACUUCCCCCUCCAUUCCCUAUAUUAUGGCCCGGAUAUGGUGUCAUAGGACUGUCUGUUUUGCGCCUAUCGAUUGGCAUAUUAUGUAUCGUGGCCGCGCGAGCCAUCGGUAAAGUAUUGGUGUUCUCUCUGUUGUGUUAUAUCCGAAAUCUCGACCCAAGAGAUCCUAAGAAUAAAAUCAGAGUCUCAGUAGAGGUUCCGUGUAAAGUGAUCACAUAUAUGGCAAUGGGUCUCACCAUCACUUACUUGUCUCCUGUAGUCUUCAGGUUUCUUAACAUUGAAAGAGUGACUAUGUUUACAGAAAUCUGAAAUUUGUUAUCUUAUGUUAAAGUUUAUUAAGUGAUCACAUUUUUCUAUUGUACUUGAUUAGCUAUGAAACAAAUACUUUUUUAUUUAAACAAAUUUAUUCAACCGACACUACACUUAAAUAUAACAAAAUACCAAAUAUAAUAGUUAUACAGUAUUUGAUAUUAAAUUUAAUAUAAGCCUUAACUUAGCGAUUCUUUAAGUGAAAUUAGAGUAUAAGUGCCAUUAGAAUAACCAAAACUAUAAGACUAACAAGCAAAAUUAUUUAAAGCAAAUCCAAUAAAUUCCUUAAAAAGGCUUAAUUUUGCACUCAAUGUAAAAAUCUGUUAUCAAUCGAUGUUAUAUAAGUUAUCCAAAG